UUGCGGUAGUCCAGAGUUUACUACAAUAACAUACAUUAUGUACCACAAAGUACAACGUAUGACUCGUAUUUUAUAUUGAACAUACAAUCUACAACUAUUUACAAGACAAGAGUAGCUCAACGAUCGUAUAUUGAACCCUCUAUAACCAAGAGCUACUGUGAACCUUCAGCCAUGGGUCACUCUCAGUCAAGAAAUCAAUCAGACAACUCCGUCAAGACAAGAGGGACCAAACAAAAAAGCUCUAAAGACAAGCACAGACGGUCUCAACCGCUACCCCCCUCUAGCUCUAGCUCUCCUGACAAGACACCAGCCAACUUGACACGAGCCUCAUCCCUCACCCAGGCCUCCAGCUCACCUAGGACCCCACCACAAAGCUCUCUCAAACAAGAGAAACCAACAGCCACAAGAAGUGGUACAGACAGGAUCGUACCAGCAAGGCAGUUCCCACCGUCUAUAGGCGGACAGGGUAACGGCAACAAGCACAGUCAGAUCGAGAAGUACUUCACAAAGUAUAAAGAUGCCGGUGAAGACGCCAUACUAGCCGAUGGAAUGGAGAAGUUUUGUGUGGAUCUUGGCGUAGAGCCGACAGAGUUUAUCGUACUGGUGUUAGCGUGGAAGUUUGAGGCGUCACAGAUGUGUAGAUUCACAAGAGAGGAGUUUGUUAAUGGCUGUCAGAAGUUACGAGUACACGAUGCCAAAUCACUCAAAGAAAGAUUCCCUGAACUCUCGGCCGAAGCCAAAAACGAAAGAAAUUUUAAGGACUUGUAUAAUUUCACUUUUUCGUUUGGUUUAGACCACAGCACAGGUCAAAGGUCACUCCCCAUCGACAUGGCGGUUCCACUAUGGGAUCUGGUGUUCUCGCUAAAAAGACCGGAGGUUUUGAAUCGGUGGUUCGAGUUUCUGAAGCUCAACCAGAUUCGUGGUAUAUCUAGGGACACUUGGAACAUGUUUCUGCCAUUCGUGGAGACCAUUCUACCUGACAUGACAAACUAUGAUGAAUCUGAGGCUUGGCCUAGUCUCUUUGACGAUUUUGUGGAGGCUGAGCUCGAGAAAUAGGCUAUCAUGUGACUUCAAAGCAUUUUUCAUAUGCUCUUAUGUUAGCUAUGUAUGUUGAUUCAUUAAUUUUUGUAUGUUUCUGUGUGUUUUAAUAUUCCUAACAUGUACUGUGUUAUGUACUAGUACGAUUGUAUUUGGUUUUUGUCAUUCAAUGAUAUUCAGUUGCACAGUAAUUAUAAUUAUAAUUAACAUUUUUAUCCCUAAA